AUGAUGAAGAUCGUUUGCUUGUUCGCUGUUGUGGCAGUAGCAUUGGCAGAGGUGCGGCCAGUACCACCAAGUGCCAUUCCAGUGCAACAUCCUCGAGCACUGGUCCAACCAUUGCCUGGAAACGUUAAUGACCAGCCGGCAGCUAAUAUGGACAUGGCAGCACCAGAAGCCUCAGGCGAUAUGGACAAGGCUGAAACGUUCGGCUUCGGUUAUCACAAGCAUAUCCACGUUGCACCCCAGUACUACGGUGGAUACUAUGGUGGAUACCACGGAUAUGGAGGAUAUCACGGUGGAUACUACCCAUACUAUGGCCAUGGCUAUGGAUAUCCUUACUACUACUAAGGGUAUUUCAUAAAAAAUAAAUUUAAAUUAUUUAUUGAAGAUCUGUUCGAAAUUAUAAUUCCGAAACUUCCAAUGUUAUAAGGGGGAUGUGGCACACAUU